AUGUCUUUAGAUACAGUACCUAAAGAUUUAAGAGGGCUGCGUGCUUGCUUGGUUUGCUCGCUGAUUAAAACUUUUGAUCAAUUUGAAUAUAAUGGCUGCGACAAUUGUGAUGAAUUUCUUAGAAUGAAAAAUAAUAAAGACAAUGUAUAUGACUGCACCAGUAACAAUUUUGAUGGAAUGAUAGCAGUCAUGAGCCCAGAAGACAGUUGGGUGUGCAAAUGGCAGCGAAUCAGUAGAUUUUGUAAAGGAGUGUAUGCCAUUUCAGUAUCAGGUAGAUUACCAGCUGGAGUUAUAAGGGAAAUGAAAAGCCGUGGUUUAGUAUACCGACCCAGAGAUACUAGCCAAAGAUAA